GUGUUUCAGAUUAUACAAGCGCCCGCCUGGUAGCAAUCUUAAAACCCUACCGCUAGUUGCCGCUGGAAACUACAUAAUGUCCCUUUAAGUAAAUCGGUUUAUGUUGAGUUAAAAUUUCUGACUUUAUUAAGCUGUUGGCCAAUGGUGACCCCGUUCAUAGCUGCAACAACCUGUGUGCGCGCGCACACACACACACACACACACACACCGCUGUGGAGAGAAUUGCAGACCGAAAGCAGGCUGUGGUAUUCUGAAUGUGUGUCAAGACUGUGCACGCUGUUGUAAACUAUUAAUAUCUGAGCUCCUCUCUUAACAAGCAGGGAUUUCUGCUUAAAAUAGUUUUCUUUCUUAACUUUUUUUUUUUUAUUUCUGCACAACAUUGACUUGACAGAAGAUGUUCUGUUUGAGUUAAAGGGAUAAAUUAAUGGAUAAUUACAUGUUUCAUCCGUAUUUUAGUGAAAUUUAAUGCUGCAUGUAAAGUCACAACUCUAUUUAGAGUCUUUCAGUGCAUCUAUAAAUAGUGUGACAUGUAAUGAUCCAGUGAAACAUGAACGUCUCCCACAGUGACACUGACAAAGCCUUAAAGCUGCACUGGUCUGCUUUUUUUUUGUUUACAUAGUCAUUUGAUCCAUUGUUAAGUGAAAGUUGUCACUUAUUGUGACAAACCAACAGAGCAUUACCACCUGACAUUUGAGGCAGUUCCCCUCAGCUCGACAUAUCAUUACAUCUUUCAGCUCAUUGUUUUGGUUUUACUGCUGUUUUGGUGAGAGUGUUUUGGUUCACUCUUACAGCUCUCAUAAACCUUGAUUUCUGCAAAGAAAACUCACAAAACAAACAAUGAGCACUACCUGCCCCCCCACACUAAAUAACAGACAAAGAUAGUAACUAGCUGGUGAACAUAGCAGAGCAUAAAGAAGAGUAACUGUUGUGCUUAUAUUUGUCAGGUGUCCAGAAACAUGACCUGUGGCAGCUUGAAGUGUAAAUUGGCAGCUAUUUGCAAACACGUUAUAACAACUCUGUUAGAUGAUUUGCCAGUGUUGUGUGUCAGAUCAGUAAAUGUAGCUUUAAAGUGAAGGGCCAAUUGUUAGCUGUACAUCACCACCUACAUAAUUUAUCAUAAUUAGAUAAAUUGUUUAAUUAGUUCCCAUAUAAGAAAACCCACACAAAUAUCGAGAUGCAAUAAGAACAUGAUUGCAAAUCACACAUAUGUUGCAUUAUUUUACCAUUUAAUAUAACUAAAUUAAGGAAGUAAGUUAACAAGUUAAUUUCUCUACUCCUGUCAGCCAGGGCUCAGUUCAUACAUCUCAUCUGAUUAGGCUUUAUUGCCGAUCUGGCUCUGCCAUUUCCACCUUUAGAAGACUAAGUGACAUGGAUGACGUUGAUUGCUUUCUGGGGGGUUUUUCUUUCCAAAUGUUAAUGAUUCUGCUGCCCGAAGUUCUCACCAAUGGAUUAUAAAGAAGUACUACUGUCUGUUUGUGUGUCUCUAGUCCCCCCCCAACUCUCCCAUGUUUUCCCACCCACUUUCUCUCUCUCUCUCUGAAUGCCACAGGCCUCCCACCCCUCAGACCAGAUUUAGACCUCCAGUCUUUCCCAGGCAUUCAGACCCAGCUGGCUGGUAGUGCACAGAUUCCCUUGUCUCCGUCGUUCUUUGUGUCUAAUACCUCGUCCUUUACUUCCUCUCCUUCCCAUGCCUGGACUCUUUUAUUACUUUUUUUGUCUGACAUGGUAGCAGAGCCUGCCAGAUGUCAGAGUUGGACGACAGGUCGAGGGUUGUAGUCCAGGGUUUCGCCUGUCGGUCUGGUUCCACAGAGGCAGACCUUGUGCUCCUCUUCCCCCAGCCAUGGAGCCUCUUGCAGAGGUCCCAUUAUUUGAGAUGGAUGGGGAAGAGGAUGUUCUGUCAAUGAAGAGCAGAGGCACAGACCCUGACACGUUUAUAUAUACAAACUUCAUGAAGAGUCACUGUUGCUAUGAUGCCAUCCCUACCAGCUCCAAACUGGUUAUUUUUGACACAACACUACAGGUGAAGAAGGCUUUCUUUGCUCUGGUGGCAAACGGUGUGAGGGCAGCACCACUGUGGGACAGCAAGCUUAAGUGUUUUGUGGGUAUGCUGACCAUCACAGACUUUAUCAACAUUCUCCAUCGUUAUUACAAGUCUCCUCUGGUUCAGAUCUAUGAGCUGGAAGAACACAAGAUAGAGACAUGGAGAGAGAUCUAUCUGCAGUACUCUGUCAACAGACUGAUCAGCAUCACUCCUGACUGCAGUCUGUUUGAUGCCAUCUACUCCUUGUUGAAGAAUAAGAUACACCGUCUGCCGAUCAUCGACCCGGCAUCAGGAAAUGUCCUCCACAUCCUCACUCACAAACGCAUCCUCAAGUUCCUCCACAUCUUUGGAUCUACAAUUCCUAAACCCAGGUUUCUUCAAAAGCGGGUCAAUGAAGUGGCGAUCGGUACCUUCAAACAGAUUGCGACAGUCCAGGAAUCAGCUUCUGUCUACGACGCUCUGACCAUUUUUGUAGAGAGAAGGGUGUCCGCGCUGCCUGUAGUCAAUGAGAAAGGUAAAGUCGUGGCACUGUACUCUAGGUUUGAUGUCAUUAACCUCGCAGCCCAGAAAAACUACAACAACCUGAACAUGACGAUGCAGGAGGCCAUUGCCUCCAGAGCAUGCUGUGUGGAGGGAGUCCUCAAGUGUUACCCUUACGAAACACUGGAGACCAUCAUCGACCGCAUCGCAAAGGCUGAGGUGCAUCGUUUGGUGUUGGUUGACAAAGACGAUGUGGUGAGAGGGAUAGUCUCUCUGUCUGACCUUCUACAAGCCCUGGUUCUCACUCCUGCAGUUCAGUCACCUCCACCGAAAUUCUGUGAUCCUACUUACCAAACAAGAAGGCUUCCUUAUCCUCUACAAAGUUGGUCUACAAGACACCAAGCCACCACACCUUCUCCCAAACAUCCCUCUUUCAUCAGUCAGCCACAGUCUUCAUGCUGCAGUUCCUCCUCCGAAACCACCGUGCCACCAGCACUUCUUAGCCAACACAUCCCAGAUGAUGCUGUCAGUCCUGAAGAAAACCAGAUGGAGAUUGGGUAAUCAUGUUAAACAAUACUAUGAGGUGGUGAUGUAAAUUAGAGGUUAGCAGGACAGGGUUGUGUCACUAGUUUCUGUCCCAGUCCAGAAGAAAAAAUAUGGAAAUUAAAAAUGGAAACACCGAGGAAGACUGUGGUUGUACUGGGAAGCUGCCAGUGUUGAACUGUUAAAUGGCUGGAAAACAGUGUCAACCUGAUAAUGCCCAAACAGUGUAAACCGGCUUUGACUCAAGUAUCCAAUUUGAGGAUAUCGCGCACGUUGUGUGGAAAUUGUGUUGUUGAUACACCAUGACUAUUGUGUGAUGUUAUGUUUAAUGGUUUGUUCCAACUUUCUGGUCUUAGAAUGGUUAUCUGUCAAUUUGUUGUGAGAACAUUUUUAUAAAUGCAGCUCCGCUCCAGUCACUGUGACAUAAAAUAAACAAAGGUCUUGGCUUCAGAGACACUAUAGUUCUGUUUUGCAAUUUAGUUUUGAUGUGGUGCGGAACUUCCAAAAGAGGACAUCGUGCACUAGUAAUCAAGGACAGAUGCUGGAUAAAUACAAGGGUAGCAGUUUACAUAACGGCUCAAUAAUAAAGUAAUGAGGGGAUUAAUAGUGAAUGGUGUAAUACUGGGGUAAUACCAUGGUAAUUACACAUAUAAUAGCAUGGUGAUAUUGUGGUAAUGAUUUAUGGUAAUAUUGUGGCUUCAUUUUUGGGUAAUAAUGGAGCAAAAACACGAGGUUUAAUGUAAACAUGACAACAUAUGAUGAAAUUUUACUAUAGUGAAAAAGAGGGUAAAAAUAGGGCAAUACGCUAACAAUGUCAAAGUAAUAUUUCAUGUUUUGUAGUAAUUACGGGGAAAUAUCGGUAUAAAACCCUAACAAAUAUCUGAAAAUUACAGUUAAAUUUGUACUUUUUGAAGUCUUCAAAUUUGAAAUGAAAUGCUACUUAAAAGCAUGCAUCAUUCUCCGACUUAAUGUUGACAAGUCAAUAUGUGAUCAAAACAUAGCAUUUAGUUUGGUCAUUAAAGAAGUUCAGAUAUUUGUAAUGUGAAUGUGGUCAAGCUGAUAUAUAGAAAGAGAUCAGCUGAUGUGAUGAAGAGGGGGGAGAGUGUGUCUGCUGAUCCUCUGACAGACAUGGUGUGACUGCUCUGUUUACCAUGGGUGGAUUUGUUAACUUUCCCAGUUUCAUACAUCCUGUUCACAUGAUUACCAGUUCACAGGCACACAUACAGGUAAAAAGCUCUGCUUGUAUCUUGAUGUCCCUCCAUAAUGUGUGGUCUAAGACUGAUGACAACUGAUGACUAUUAUUGUUCUCGUUAAUGUGAACUUCUGGAGGUAGCUGUGUGUUUCCUAACACUGUCACUGAAUCACUGGAUAAUUUGCCAAUGAUAAGAAAUAAUAACAAUACUAUUAACGGUAAUAUAGUCAAUACCACUGCUACUACCAACAGUAUUCAGAUUACUACUUUACUGCCAAUACUGCAGCUACUGUCAGUACCAUACCACUACUGCUGAAGCUGCUGCCAGUGAUACCUCUGUAAUUGUACAAUAUAAGAAUAAGAAGAAACCAAACCAGUCAAAACAAUAAAAAUUAUGUAACU